AUCGGGGUAUCGAUGUUACAUCGAUGUUACUUUUUGCUGGAGUCUACCAUUUUAUUUUAGUUAAUAAAAUAUACAUAUUUCCUCUCUUCUUUUUUCGGUUGUGCGCGUACGAAAACAGCUGCGAAGGCUCGCGUUAAAAGUGCAAUAAAUACGAGAAAUAUUGAGUGGAAAACGGCCCAACGGAAGAGAUUUUCCCCGUUCCGUUUUUUUCUCCACCAGACGACGACGAAUAUAUUGUAAAACCAACCUUGAGAAACACCCAGCACGGCAGCUAUUUUUCGUUUCACUCGCUCGCCCGUCUUUUGAAAUCCGAGCUGUGGAAUAUUAGAACCUUCUCCGGCGCAAUAAUAAGCUCUGAUUCUGUUAUUUCACGUAACCCAGCACAAGUGCUUUAAUAAGAGAAGUCCCUAAGGCGGUGGAGCAGCAGCAGCAGCAGCAGCUAGCCAAGAUGGACAAGAUGCGGAUAUUGAAGGAAAGCCGCCCCGAGAUAAUCGUCGGUGGCAAAUAUCGGGUGAUUAGGAAGAUUGGAAGCGGCUCCUUUGGCGACAUUUAUCUGGGCAUGAGCAUCCAGAGCGGCGAGGAGGUGGCCAUCAAGAUGGAAAGUGCCCAUGCCCGUCAUCCCCAGCUGCUGUACGAGGCCAAGCUGUAUCGCAUCCUCAGCGGCGGCGUCGGCUUUCCUCGUAUCCGUCACCAUGGCAAGGAGAAGAACUUUAAUACGCUGGUUAUGGACCUACUUGGACCAUCCCUGGAGGAUCUAUUCAACUUUUGUACGCGUCACUUUACCAUCAAGACGGUGCUGAUGCUCGUCGAUCAGAUGAUUGGGCGCUUGGAGUAUAUUCAUCUGAAGUGCUUCAUUCAUCGGGACAUCAAGCCCGAUAACUUUUUGAUGGGCAUCGGCCGUCAUUGCAACAAGCUCUUCCUGAUCGAUUUUGGUCUGGCCAAGAAGUUCCGCGAUCCGCACACGCGCCAUCAUAUCAUAUAUCGUGAGGAUAAGAAUCUAACCGGCACCGCCCGCUAUGCCUCAAUCAAUGCCCAUCUUGGCAUCGAGCAGUCGCGUCGCGACGACAUGGAAUCACUUGGCUAUGUGAUGAUGUAUUUCAAUCGCGGCGUCCUGCCCUGGCAGGGCAUGAAGGCCAAUACCAAGCAGCAGAAGUAUGAGAAGAUCUCCGAAAAGAAGAUGUCGACACCGAUCGAGGUCUUGUGCAAGGGCUCGCCGGCGGAGUUCUCUAUGUAUCUAAACUAUUGUCGUAGCCUGCGCUUUGAAGAGCAGCCGGAUUAUAUGUACCUACGUCAAUUGUUCCGCAUACUGUUUAGGACGCUGAACCAUCAGUAUGAUUACAUCUACGACUGGACAAUGCUGAAGCAGAAGACCCAUCAGGGUCAACCCAAUCCAGCUAUACUCUUGGAGCAAUUGGACAAGGACAAGGAGAAGCAGAAUGGCAAGCCCCUAAUUGCGGACUAAGCGAGGAGGGGAUGAAACGAAUCAUCAUCAUGGGUGGGGAAAAAAAACAAGGGGGGAUAUGUGAAAGAUUCAAAAUGCAGAAGAUUGAGAAAUGAACACGGAUUGUGGGAUAACAGCCGCCGCCGCCGCAGCGUCGAGAAAUAUCCAUUGGGUGUUUCUCUUAAAUAUUAAUUAAAAUUCAAUCCAACAGCAAAGGCAAACCGUAAACCACAUAUUAUGUAAUUAAAAAAGAAAAGAAACAACUAAGAAGAUGAUACCCCAGCAAAUGUGAUUCACAAGUGAAUCACUGCGAUCGAUAGUAAAAACACACCGAGGAAGGAAUUUGAAUUCGAAGAAAAAACGAAGAAUCAAAUCGAUUUUAAAUUCAAAUCGAUUCAAAUUCUAACUCAAAUCAUUGCUGCUCCACAUGAAAACAACAAUAACAAGUAAAAAUCGAGGAGGACAAAUGGCGAGGAAAUGAAAACAAGAAACAAAACACUUAGCCUAAUAAAUUACGAGAAAAUAAUACUGGUAACAAAACGGAACGCUGUACAGGAGCGUUAAUUUUCGAAGAAAAAGAAACAAACAAAUAAAAAUAAAACUAAAACCCAAACACACAUAGUUAUAUAUAUAUAUACAUAUAUAUGUAUAUAUAUAUAAAUAUGUCAAUACAUAUACAUGUAUAUAUAUACAUAUAUAGCAGCGAAUAAAACAAUUAUGUACGCAUAUAUAUUCCAUUUGAUUCACCUGUCAGAUCGAAUCCAAAUGCUUAAUUUCAACAACAAAAAUCGAGCGAUGCAAAACAAAAACAACUCAAAAACUAAACACAUUGUGGAAUAAAUAUGAAAAACAAAAUAUGUAGGUUUAAACAAUAAAUAAUACCAAUAAAACAUUAAUAAAAAAAACACAAAACACACCCACACCGAAAAGGCAUAUAAUAAAAUGCAUGAAAAGGAGGAGAAUUAUAUAAACAAAUAUAAUAUAUAAAAAACUGAGCUGGGGGAAGUAAUAGGAUGCA